AAGCCGUGAGGCAAGGCGGGAGAGCGCGAGGGCCCGCGCGGCGCCCGCGGCACCGAACCAGGGUGGCGGCCGGGUCGCCGGCUGAAGACGCUGCCCCUCCGGCCUGCUCGGGAGGUCGCGACCUCCCUGGCGGCCCUCGCGCCCCCACCAGGCCCUGUGCUCGGACCUCCAGGGCGGUGGCCCACAGGCCCCGCCGUAGCCGUAUCCAGGCGUCGGUCGGUUCGUCGGUCCGUCAGUCUGUGCGUCCGGCGAGCUCGGAGGACAGCCGGGCCUGGACCCCCGGCGACUCGGAGCCGCCGCUGCAGUUUGCUUCUUAGUGUGGUUUAUCGAUAGUCGUCUGAUGUGCUGAUGAGAGCUGAUGUGAGCUGGCACAGUAGGUAACAACACAGCAACAAAGAACAGGCAGAGAUUGGAGGAAUUCAACUUGCUGAAACUUGGAACUGAAGUCUUGGACCUGCCCCGUCUGAGUUUCUAUAAGUACUUUUUUAAACCCAGUUUGCAAUGCGUUAUUGAUGGAAGAAUUGACUGUAGGAUGUCAGCCGCUUAAGAUUAGCAUCGGACAAGAUGGAAGAAGCAGCGCUGGAAUGUCCCAACCUUUCCUCUGAAAAACGCUAUUUUCCUGAAUCCCUUGAUUCCAGUGACGGUGACGGUGGUGACGAGGAGGGGAAUCUGGCCUGCGAGGAUCUGGAACUUAAUCCUUUUGAUGGGCUGCCAUAUUCAUCACGUUAUUAUAAACUUCUAAAAGAAAGAGAAGAGCUUCCAAUAUGGACAGAAAAAUACUCCUUUAUGGAGAAUCUGCUACAAAAUCAAAUUGUGAUUGUUUCAGGGGGUGCUAAAUGUGGCAAGAGCUCUCAGGUUCCGCAGUGGUGUGCCGAGUACUGCCUCUCCAUCCACUACCAGCAUGGGGGCGUGGUCUGCACGCAGGCCCACAAGCAGACGGCCAUCCAGCUCGCCCUGCGGGUGGCUGACGAAAUGGAUGUUAACAUUGGGCAUGAGGUCGGCUACGUGAUCCCUUUUGAAAACUGCUGCACCAGUGAAACAAUCCUGAGGUAUUGUACUGAUGAUAUGUUGCAAAGAGAAAUGAUGUCCAAUCCUUUUUUGGGGAGCUAUGGGGUCAUCAUCUUAGAUGAUAUACAUGAAAGAAGCAUUGCAACAGAUGUGUUACUUGGACUUCUUAAAGAUGUUUUACUAGCAAGACCAGAACUGAAGCUCAUAAUUAACUCCUCACCUCAUCUCUUCAGCAAACUAAGUUCUUAUUAUGGAAGCGUGCCCCACAUAGAAGUGAAAAAUAAGCACCCUGUGGAGGUUGUGUACCUUAAUGGGGCUCAAAAGGAUUCUUUUGAGUCUAUUUUGCGCCUUAUCUUUGAAAUUCACCACUCUGGUGAGAAGGGUGACAUUGUUGUCUUUCUGGCCUGUGAACAAGAUAUUGAAAAAGCCUAUGAAAUUAUCUGCCAAGAAGGAUCUAACUUAAACUCUGAUUUUGGAGAACUGAUGGUAGUUCCUUUGUAUCCAAAAGAGAAAUCUACAUUGUUCAAGCCAAAUGAUGAAACAGAAAAAAGAUGCCAAGUUUAUCAAAGAAGAGUGGUGUUGACUACCAGCUCUGGGGAGUCUUUGAUCUGGAGCAACACUAUCAAAUUUGUGAUUGAUGUGGGUGUGGAAAGAAGAAAGGUGUACAACCCUAGAAUAAGAGCAAAUUCACUUAUCACACAGCCCAUCAGCAAAAGCCAAGCAGAGAUACGCAAGCAAAUUCUCAGUCCAUGUUCUUCAGGAAAACUUUUCUGUCUGUACUCUGAAGAAUUUGCCUCCAAAGACAUGAAGCUACUUAAGCCAGCAGAAAUGCAGGAAGCCAACCUAACAAGCAUGGUGCUUUUUAUGAAGAGGAUAGACAUCGCGGGCUUAGGCCACUGUGAUUUCAUGAAUAGACCAGGGCCAGGAAGCAGAAUCAUGAAGUCAUUUCUGUUAUUAACCCUGUGUGAAGCAACUCAACCCCAGGGCAUAAAAAUGAGAACACCAGAAAGUUUGAUGCAGGCAUUGGAAGACUUAGAUUAUCUGGCAGCACUGGAUAACGAUGGAAAUCUUUCUGAAUUUGGAAUCAUCAUGUCAGAAUUUCCUCUUGAUCCACAACUCUCAAAGUCUAUCUUGGCAUCCUGUGAAUUUGACUGUGUAGAUGAAAUGCUAACAAUUGCUGCUAUGGUAACAGCUCCUAAUUGCUUUUCGCAUCUGCUGCCUGGAGCUGAGGAGGCUGCCUUGACUUGCUGGAAGACAUUUUUACAUCCUGAAGGAGAUCACUUCACCCUCGUCAACAUUUAUAAGGCUUACCAAGACACAACUCUGAAUUCCACCAAUGAGUACUGUAUUGAAAAGUGGUGUCAUGAUCACUUCUUCAACUGCUCUGCACUUAGGAUGGCCGAUGUCAUCCGAGCCGAACUCUUAGAGAUUAUCAAGCGGAUCGAGCUUCCCUAUGCAGAACCCUCUUUUGGCUCAGAGGAAAAUACACUGAACAUAAAGAAAGCUCUUCUGUCUGGUUACUUCAUGCAGAUUGCUCGGGAUGUUGAUGGAUCAGGUAACUACUUGAUGCUCACCCACAAGCAAGUUGCUCAGUUGCAUCCUCGUUCCGGUUACUCUGUCACCAAGAAGAUGCCCGAGUGGGUGCUCUUCCACAAGUUCAGCAUAUCUGAGAACAACUACAUCAGGAUUACCUCGGAAAUCUCUCCUGAACUAUUUAUGCAACUGGCACCACAAUACUACUUCAGUAAUCUGCCUCCCAGUGAAAGUAAGGAUAUUCUACAGCAAGUCAUGGAUCACCUGUCACCCAUUUCAACAAUGAAAAAGGAACAGAAAAUGUAUGAGAAGUGCCCUGAAACUACUGCUGAACAAAGGUGCAUUUUACAAUAACACUUCGUAACUGUUCUCUGUGGAGAUGCCAUGUGCAAUAAGUACCCCCGAGUAACUGUGUGUGGUCCACUGAGUGAUGUGCAGAUGUUUAACACAAAGAAGGAAUUACACCCCACACCAGGGGUGUCUGGGGAAAAAAAUAACACUUUGUAUAUUACUAAAAAAAAGAAAAUAGAAGUUUUUAUUGAGUUCUUUAACUAGUCCAUGUUUUUCUCCUCAUCGAAAAAGUUUUUGAUCAACUAUAUAAUUAAUUUGACCAAAAUGAAAACAAUAAAGAUAUUUUGUA